AUGUACACGUGCACGAUAUGCAACAGGACAUACCGGAACCAGAAUUCUCUGACCCGUCACUCGCACAGUCAUCGGAACACGGGGAAGCACAAGUGCCGUGCCUGCGGCGUAGUCUUCUACCGUCGAGAUCUACUGACACGACAUGUCAAGCUGCACCCCGACCAGGCUCGAACCAUCGAUGCAAGCCGCGAUACGACGGGUGCCGGUGACUCCGGCCAUUGCCCGACCAGGAAAAGAUGUCAUACAGCAUGCCUUCGAUGUCGAGAAUUGAGGACAAGAUGCAACGGCCAGCUUCCUUGUACCGCCUGCCAAAAAAACCACGCUCAAUGCGAAUACUCGCGAUACUCGUCCAGGCUGAGUCACCUCGCCCGGGACAGUGACCAGCCGGACGAUGCGCAAAACGCCCUAGUGCCAGAACCUUCGCAGGACCCUGCUAACGAAGCUGCAACGUCGCUGUCAAGUCCGCCCUGUGCUCCUCGGACGCGAGAAUCAGCUCGAGGCACGCAGCCACAAAAUCGAGGAGAAUACCUCGAACAAUCCCACUCGACACUGCUAGAAACUGCUAUUCCUAACGUUAAUUACUUUGACAUGCCUCUUUCUCAGCAUACUGAUACAAACUUUGCCAAUAUGGGAGACACUUCGAUGACCGACCUAGUAUCCUGGCCAUGGCUCCACGAAAAUCUAUUUCUACCCACAGACGUUGCCAUGUGGGACUCCACGUACUUUCAAGAGGCGGACAGUGGCCCAUCACUGCCAGCUUUCUUACCAUCUUCUCUCCAAGCUCAUAUAGUCAACACUGAGAAUGAUAAUCCCAAUACCCAUUAUGAGGGAGUUCGGCAUCAUAAUGAGCACGUGACUCUGACACCGAAAACCUCUCAAUACCGUGUGAUUCAGGACAUGGUCACAUAUGCAUGUGGCAAUUCAUCCCAGCCCUCCUCUGAAACGAAUCGAACAAUGUUCUGGCAGCAUGCAUCCACUCAAAUCGCAGCCGCUUUUGAGUUAUUGGAGCCGCAAGAACAAGGGUCUCGUCCGGCUUUGUUUCGCUUCUACGAGAGCUAUGGAGAACACUUCGGUCCACUCUGGCCUUUAUUGAGUCCACGCAACCUUGACAUUGAUGCUCUUCACCCUUUGUUGUUCCUUGUCCUCACAUCAAUUGGGGCUAUGUAUUGCGGCGAAAACGCUUGCAACUAUGGCGCUAUGGCCCAUGCGAGUAUACGGCGCACUUUGACCAUGCCACUGGAACUUGAAGAUGACGACCAGGAUUUUAUCUGGCUUGCUCAAGCGCGCUUACUGACUCAAGUAACUGCACUCUACUUUGGACAGUCCAAAGCCUUCACAUAUGCUCACCACCUAGGCGCUUUACUGGUCGCUCAGGCUCGCAGAAUGGACCUUUUCUCCUCCAAGCCCUCAGGAUUUCUGCUGCGAAAAUUCCAUCAAAUGGAAGGCGUCGCAUCGGACGAUGAUCGUUUAUCGGUAUGGUUGCAGCUCGAAGCUCGCCGACGACUAGCCUUUGGAAUUUUCCGUGUUGACACGUACACCAGCGUUCUCCUUCACACAAAGCCAUUGGUGUCACUAGAGGAGAUCGAUCUUCAGUUACCAAUGUGUGACUCUGUAUGGCGAAGCGAUCAAAUGCCUGCAAGUCUAUGUCUGCAAAUGAUCAAAUUCGAUCAAACGCCUGGCCGACACCUAUGGGCCUCGGACAUUUAUCGCAUUGCCAUGGACCAACAUGAAUCCCUUCCUCCUUUGGAUCCUGUGGGCCAAGAGCUACUUUUGUUCGGUCUGCAGUAUCCGAUCUGGCGUUUCUCAAAAGACCAGGAAUUAUUUACCCGUCUGGUUGGCAGCGACGAAUUCUUGGCCAAUAUCGCCUCCCCAGCGCAGAGUCUCGAAUCUCCAAAUAUGAAUGCCAGUCCGAGUUCAAUGCAUAGACCAAGGCAGCCCUCCAGAGGUGCCAUCGAUGCCGAAGCACACCAACUGGACAGCGCUACGCGGUCGAUGGAGGACUUGAUGCACGAGCGUAAACAGCUCAAUUCUGCUCUAGAAAAAUGGGAGCGUAACUUGGCCCUUGUCAAGACGUUUGUCAGGACCAAUCUUGACCGUAGCAUCUUGAUGAGUUGCUUGUUACUCUUUCACCUUGGGUUUCUGCGCCUCAAUGCGCCGCUCGAAGAGCUACAUCAGAUCCAAUAUCGCUUGGCUGACAAUCGAGUGGUAGACGAUAGCACGAUUACUGCUGUCCGCACCUGGGCAAGGUCGAGAAAGGGCCGGGCAGUGGCAGAACGAGCAUGCAGCUUGCGGAACAUCAUUGCCAGAGAGUCCAAGGUGCCUGAAAGCAGAAGAGUUCUUUUUAACCUUCUCGCAUUCAUAGGUCUACAUCACGGAGCAGUAAUCUUAUGGGCGUACUCAGAAUCACGUGCCACCGGAAACCCUGCAGAACCACAACAAUCACCGCUCGUGUUGGAGAGUGAAGAUCCAAUCUAUGUGGACACAGUUGACAGUCGGAAAAUUCUUUCUUCGUAUGUUGAGUUAUACGAUCGCGUUAGUCCUGCGCAGUGGUCAUCGUUCGCAAAGGCAGCAGAUAAACUUUCAAGCAAGAAAUUUCCAUUACAACGACACUGA